GGAAGCAUCUGCAACCAUGUUAAGAUCACAAUUGAAGAGACAGGUCAGAAAGUACUCUAGUACAUACGACACAUUAGUUUACAAUGCACAACAGAACAUCAUCCAGUCAUUAGAGGCCAAUGACAGAUCUUCAUAUCUCUUGGCACAAUACAUUCCUGAUGUUGCCCGUAAUGCAUUCUUGGCUAUACGAGCAUUCAAUCUUGAAAUAAACAAGAUUAGCGAUGGUGGACAGAACUCGUCUUCUAUUGCAUCACAGGCAUCCAGAGAGAUGACCGGGAGAUUGGGUGUUUCUACCGUUGAUUUAAAGUUUAAGUUUUGGAGUGAUUUGGUUUCGCGAGUGUUUAUAGAAGAUCCAUAUAGCGAGAAAGACCUUGGUGAACCAAUAGCGAUAUUGUUGAGAGAUGCAUUAAGAAAUGAUCUUAACUUAGAUGUGGAUUACUUGUUGAAGUUCUUGCAGACCAGGCGUUUGUUUGUCAAGGGAGGCACAUUCCAAACCGUCAAUGAUAUUUGUAGCUAUGGGGAAGGAACUUACUCACAAUUGAACUACUUGACUCAGGGGUUGCUACUUUCUCCUUCGAUAUCACCUUCAUCUAUACGUCUACUUGAAUGUAGCACCGAUCUUCAAGCGAAAAUCAGUGAUAUUGCUGCCCAUAUAGGACAAGCUACUGCCGUAGGGUCUAUGAUUUUAGGAUUACAAUAUUAUGCAACCAGUAGAAACCAAGUGACCAUGCCAAUUGACUUGAUGACCAAGUUCGACUUGUCACAAGAAUCCCUACUUAGAUUGUGCCAAGGACAUAUCAAGACAAAUAUGGAACAAGAAGAAAUCAGAGACAAGUUGAAAAAUGUCGUGUAUGAAACGGCAAUAACCGCCAAUGAUCAUAUGCUAACGGCAAGAGACAAAUUGUCCAAAACCGAACAAGAAAUAAAGGAAAUCUUAAGCAGCCAUCCACACGACCAAUUGCUAUCAAGACACGGUAAAAAGUGGAGAAGAAACAUCCCUGAUGUUUUAUUUACUCCAUUCAUGGUGGCUAUUCCAACCACUUUGUACUUGAAUAGAUUAGAAAAGUACGAUUUUGACGUAUUUAGUCCAAAACUCCAACAAAAGGAAUGGAGAUUAGCUUGGACUUCGUUCAAGAACUACCAUCAAAGAAUUGUAUAGUCUUUUGUAUAUAGUAAAUACUUCUUUUUAACAUUUAGUAUAUUGUCAAUGCUUACUGAUUUGGU